ACAUAUUAUACCUAUCAGUUAGUGUUGAAGAGCUUAGUUUAUACAUAGUUUUGUGAGUGUAAUCGAUUUAUUAAGUUAUUUUUCAAGAGCCAUGUCUCCCACAUUGCUGCUGCUUCUUGCAGUAUUAUCUUCCUUUGGAGUGCUACUUACUGGGGCAGAAUCCGUCGGCGUGUGUUACGGAGCAAACGGAAACGAUCUACCAACAAGGCAGGAAGUGGUGGAUCUCUACAAAUCAAACGGAAUAGGCAAAAUCCGUUUAUACUAUCCAGACGAAGGUGCCCUUCAAGCCCUCAGAGGUUCAAACAUAGAAGUGAUACUCGGUGUUCCAAAUGACCAACUUCAAUCUGUCACCGACGCCGGAGGUGCCUCAGAUUGGGUCAACAAGUACGUGAAAGCCUAUGCCGGAGACGUCAAAUUCAAGUACAUUGCCGUCGGCAACGAAGUUCAUCCUGCUGAUGCUUUAGCAGGCUCAGUUCUUCCAGCACUUCAAAACAUUCACAACGCAAUUUCUUCAGCCAAUCUGCAAGGCCAAAUCAAAGCCUCCACCGCAAUAGACACCACUCUACUGGGCAACUCCUACCCACCAAACGACGGCGUUUUCAGCGACGGUGCAAGUUCAUACAUAACUCCGAUCGUGAACUUUUUAGCCCAAAACGGUGCCCCACUUCUUGCAAACGUGUACCCUUACUUCGCCUACGUCGACAACCAGCAAAGCAUCGGUCUUGAUUACGCCUUGUUUACCAAACAAGGCAACAACGAAGUUGGGUACCAGAACCUGUUUGAUGCGUCGUUGGAUUCUUUGUACGCAGCUCUUGAGAAAAUAGGACAACCUAAUGUUAAGAUUGUCGUGUCUGAGAGUGGGUGGCCAUCGGAAGGUGAUGCUGGAGCCAGUGUUGAAAACGCUGGAACAUAUUACAGGAAUUUGAUUAAUCAUGUCAAGGGUGGCACCCCAAAGAGGCCCGAUGGACCCAUAGAGACUUAUCUCUUUGCCAUGUUUGAUGAAAACCAGAAGAAUGGUGCAGAAACUGAGAGACACUUUGGUCUCUUCAGGCCUGAUAAAUCACCCAAGUACCAAGUCAAUUUCAAUUGAAACAGCAUCAGUUACUGAUUGUGUUAUCACAAUAAUCAUCAGAAUAAAUCUGUCUAAUAAUAGUAUAAUAAUAAUAUGCACCGACGAUGUACGAGAUAUAUAUAAGUGCAUGUCAUGAUGUUCCUAAACCUAAUUAUUAAUAAAUGUCUCAAAAUUAUGUUGAUGUUUCAA